UUUUGUACGAUUGUCAUAAGAUGAAUUUCAGAAAUCGAAAACUUUGAAUUUGUAUUUGAGAGUAGACCAUACUCGUGGCUUGGAAGAUCAAUUAAUCUUUGGCAAGAAAAGUACGUCAUCAACGAAAAAUUAUCAGAAAACGAGCGAGGCGAUAAGCAUUAUCGACGAUGUUUCGCGAACAAACGGAUAACGAAAGAGUUGAUUAUAAAGACAAAGCCGACAGUCAUGUGAUAAAUAAUCAUCGCAAGGCAUGUGAAAUCUCUCUCUGUACGCACGAGAUUGCAGACAACUAAGACACGUAUAACCGGAAUUGAAUUAUUCUUAUCCCGGAUGGAAAUAUUCGGAUAACGACGGGAUGCAGAAAAGAAAAGAACUCUCUAAAAUGACAGAGAACGAGGUGGAAGAUGUGGAAAAGGAAAUUAAUGAAGACGAGGAAAACGACGCAGAUGUACAAAACGAAAAGAAAGGAGGAAAAAAUGAACAGAAUGAUGCGCAGAUUGGUGAAUGCGCAAUUUGUCACAUUAUCAUCAACGAUAUAAAUUUCAGCGGAAGUUUCGCCGACUCCGAGCAAAAUCCGUGUGAAAGCUAUUUGUUAUGUCAACAUUGUGUACGAAAAUUUUCCGUUCGAUCAGACGUAGAAAACUCUCAGUCUCGAAGAUUGUAUACAAGUUUCUCACAAAAUAGAAAUCACAAUGAUCGUGUAUCCUCGAGAAUGUACGAUAGAUCGAUGCACUUGCAACCACCGUCUCAUUUCGCACUGAAAUUGCGUCGCAAUCGGUGGGCCUGUAACUUGAAUAGAACAAUGCUCGAGGCGACAGAUGAUGAAUCGGAUACGACCUCGUAUGCAGUCGUUGAUUAUGAUCGAGGCAAUCCGCAGCAAGAGGAGCAAACAAAGAGCUAUGAAAGACAGUACCAACAGCAAUAUGGCUAUCGCAACCUGAUAACGACGAAGAGAAACGACACAAUAAAUCGAUAUGCCUCCGAGAUUAAGGUCAAAAGUUCUUCUCUGGUAUCUUCCGUCGAAUGUUCUCGCAGACCCAUACGUUGUCCGCGGCUUGACUGCUCGAAGAAUGUGGCCUUUUUAGCGCUCACCCAUCAUUUCCUUUUUGAUCAUCCUGAAGUGCCGAUCCUCAACGUCGAUCCUGGCACCGAGAGUACGCUCAUCGUCAGUUAUGGAGCUCUCUCCUGCAAUUCUAGUCGAUGUCUAGCUCUCUUACUGGUGUCCGGCAAGCUUUCAGAUUCUACAGCGAAACUGUUCGGUGGUAAUCAGAUGAAUCCCAAGUAUCGAAAUCGAUUACCUUUACCAGUACUGGCUGCGCGCUUGCAUAACAAUCACAAUUAUGAGUGUUGCGAGGAGGUGCACGCCGGUGGAGAAGGCCAGUGCGAGAAGGAUAUGAUCAUUGCUUGGGUUGCAGGAUUGGACGUCGGCGAUACGGUUGACAGACUUCGGUGUAGUAUCCAGGCUGUGGAUAAUAUCGAAAACCGUGGAUUCCGAUCACUCACUUAUACAGGACCUGUAACAUCCUUGCGAGCCGCUCAAUGUCCGCGCGAUGUCUUUCUGGCUGGCGAUUGUAUAGUUCUCCAUGAGGGACUGAUCAGCCACAUCACUUUUGGCUGUACUAGUCUUAAUGUAAAUGUUAUUGUACACUAAACCCAUGUUACAUAUUAACGCGUGAAGUAUACAUUUGUCCCUUAAU